AUGUCUUCAGCUGCUAGGGUGCAGUUCAGGCCUCCGCCAAUCGUUGAGUGUAUCUCCCAAGGCAACUGUCUCGGCAUCGGGCGGAAAGUCUUCAAUCCCCAGCAGGUUUGCACCAACUGUCUUACUCGACACGACCCUCAACAGCUACGGAUCUGGGCCAGCAACAGUCGUACAGCCUUAACUCUCAUCGACGAGGAGGUCCGCCGCAAACACAUUGUUAAACGAAAUAUCGAGACGCACAGCCGCUUCCUUUGCGCGUUUGAAGAUCCGGAUUUCCAGUACUGCAGGUGGCGACGGAGCGAUCUGAACCUUCGAGGGACCCGUCUAACGUGCAAGGUCGUGCGCAAAAAAGGAGCAGCUUGUGCAAGGUUGCUAGAUAUGCUUGCACCGCCAAAGCCUCAUUGUGCUUUUGGUGUUGCAUGCAACUCCCGUCCAGAAGGACAGGAAAGGGGCCCGGACAUCUGCACCUGGUGCAAGAACAUGAGCUUCGAUGCUCUCUACGAGCAAGCCGCAUCUCACCCUUACAAGCGCCAUCUGAACCGUCUCAUUGACACUUACAUGCGCCAACUCGAGCAAGACAGCAACGAACGCAACAGCAAAGGUUGGUCACCACUGUGCGCCUGCAAGGACCCGGAGUACCGUCUGGACGUAUGGCGGCGCGGCUUCAACCCCCAGGACGGGCGACUGUGUGGAACAGUGCGGCACCGGGGCCAGCUGUGCGUGCGCUGCUACCAGAAAGGCCGCGAGCAAGACUGCGCCUGGCUUUCAGAGUUCGAUGGCGACAGACUGGGGUUCCCGUGCGUGUUCGAUGAUCCUCGGCUGAACCAACCAGUCGAUCGGAACUGGAGGUUGGGCCCGGUGGACGAGCAGGGGAAGCCGGAUCCGCACUGGGAGAAAGAUCCUACGAGACAUGGCCGGUGUGGGAGGAGACGAGAGAAAAACAGCCUGUGCCAGCGAUGCUACAAUCGCAUGUGUGAGAUCAGGGGGUUUGGGAGAUACUUCGAACCCGAAUGGGGUACGCUGCGUCAGAGCCGCGGCCUGUGACGGCGUGUGGUACAAAGAGGUCCUUUCUAUUCAGUGCUUGAAGCAAGCCAGGGUUCGCAGGUCGGAAGGUCUCCAGUUUUUCCUUACUUGGUUUAUAAUUUUCUAGACAAAUACCCAACAGACUUCAAUGUCGAUACUCAAGCAGUUUCUAGAAGUCCAUGAUCGCGGGAAGCGAGUGACGUCAGACAUCAAUUCUGAAUGAAGUGCCUCUCGCUGCGAAUCGGAAAAUCAAAUCAC